AAUUAUUAUUUUUAUCUCUUACGCGUGUGUGCGGUGCUGCUCCGGUGUUCCACAACGGCGACGAUUCAGGAUACAUUAAUUAAUCCUUUCUACUUUAUAAAUAAAAGGUACGAAACCACAACAACUGGCGAACGAGGAUUUGUGAUCCUUGCCCACGGAAGCACACCCACCUCAUCUAUGUGAGGUUCCUUCUGGAAUUUUCUUCAACAUAACCUCACAACUACUUGGCAAAAAUGGCGGAAAAUGCCGCUCUUUUGGACAUUCUGAGGGCAACUCAGGAGCUCCUCGCCCAGCAGCAAGCUCGCAUGGAUGUCUUGGAGGCUUCCUCCAAACCUCCUGCACGUCCGGAACUAACCAUCGAAGCAUUGGCUCCCACCAUUCAAACCUUUGUUUACGAUCCGGACAAUGGCGUCACUUUCGAUUCAUGGUUUUCUCUGCACGAGGAUAUCUUCCGUGAGGACGCCAAAUCUCUCGACGACUCAGCACGAGUGCGUCUCUUGCUCAGGAAGCUCAACCCUCAGAGCCACGAGGGCUACGUCAACUCCCUGCUACCCAAAGCUCCACGGGAUUUCAAUUUCGAUGAAAACAUUGCCAAGCUAAAAGAUCUUUUCGGACGCCGUGAGUCUCUUUUUCACACACGCUGGAGGUGUCUCCAAUUGCAGAAAAAGGAAUCUGAUGAUUUCAAGACACACUCCACUCUCAUCAACCGCGCAUGUGAGGAUUUUAAGCUCAAAGACCUCACUUCCGAGCAUUUCAAGUGCUUGAUUUUCAUUCUCAGUCUCCGCAGUAGCAAAGACACGGAAGUACGCACACGACUUCUCCGUAUGCUCGAGGUUGAGAAACCGGAAACUUUGACCCUUUCGUUCAUGGCCAAUGAGGCAACACGCCUUGUUAAUUUGAAGACUGAAAGCGCUGCGGUGGAGUCCAAGGAUUCUACACAAAACGUCUCUUCUGUCCAGCGGCAUGACAAAGCAUCAAAGGGGGCGUUUCCCAAAAACAAACAAGCAAAGCGCGGAAAUCAACAACCUUCAAAACAGCCCAAAACUCCCUGUUGGUUCUGUGGGGGAAUGCAUUUCGUCAAACAAUGCCCUUUCUCUCAGCAUACCUGCAAGGAUUGCUCACAGGUGGGCCACAAGGAAGGUUAUUGCAAUCAGAAGCAGCAAAAGAGCUCUCAGAACUCUAAAAAGCCACAGGGCAAACCAAAUCAGCAUGCUGCGAAAACCGUGAACGUCUGCGCCGUUGGAAGUGAUCAGCGGAAAUACGUGGACGUCUCCAUCAAUGCAAAACCUGUGAAACUUCUUUUCGACACUGGCGCCGAUGUGACCAUCAUCUCAGAAUCUGUGUGGCAUCAGAUUGGGUCACCGCUUCUGUCGCCUACUCCCACAAAGGCCACAGAUGCGCAGGGGAAUCAAAUUCUCUUCCGUGGCGAAUUCCAGUGCUCUGUGCAAUUCAAUGGGGAUACUCAAUCAGCGAGAUGCCUCGUUUCGGAAGCCGACAUCAAUGUGUUUGGGGUUGAGUGGAUCAAUGUGUUCAGUCUCUGGGACGCACCACUCUCAUCACUUUGCCAUGUCAGUACUGUGUCAACGGAGGACGUGGUCUCAUCCCUCAAGGCUUCCUUCCCGGAUGUUUUCUCUAACACACUGGGAAAAUGCACAAAAUUUCAGCCUCAUCUACAACUGAAGCCAGCAGUGGUUCCAGUUUUCAGGCCAAAACGAUCUGUGCCAUUUCACGUCAUGGAUCUGGUGGAAGAGGAGCUACAAAGGUUGCUCAACCUUGGCAUCAUCACUCCUGUGGACUACAGUGAAUAUGCUGCUCCUAUUGUUGUUGUCCGGAAACCAAAUGGCUCAAUCAGAAUCUGUGCAGAUUACUCCACCGGACUCAAUAGCAAUCUCGAAACCCACCACUACCCAAUCCCCACUCCUGAUCAAAUUUUCGCUACACUGUCGACAUGCUCAGUGUUCAGCCAAAUUGAUCUAUCGGAUGCUUAUCUACAAAUUGAAAUGGAUGAAGAUUCCCGGAAACUUCUCACAAUCAAUACACACAGAGGACUCUUCACAUUCAACCGCCUCUGUCCGGGAGUGAAAUCCGCACCUGGCAUUUUUCAGCAAAUCAUCGAGACCAUGCUCGCAGGCAUCAGUGGGGUACAUGCCUAUUUCGAUGAUGUGCUCAUAGCAUCCCGAUCCAAGGAGGAACAUCAGAAAACUCUCAUUCAAGUCUUCAAGCGGCUCAGUCAACGUCCAGACCCUGGCAAAGUGGCUGCCAUUGUGAACAUGCCAGCCCCAAAAGACAUUCCUCAGCUCAGAUCCUUUCUGGGCGCAAUCACCUUUUAUGCAAGGUUCGUUGAAUCUCUCAGCACCAUCAGGGCACCACUCGAUCAAUUGCUUCAGAAGGGUGUCAAAUGGAAUUGGACGGAACGGUGUCAGAGGGCAUUCGACCAGGUCAAGCGUAUUCUGUCCUCAGACCUCCUACUGACACACUACAAUCCAGACCUUCCCAUCACUGUUGCUGCAGAUGCCAGUGAGACCGGAAUUGGAUGUGUAGCCUAUCAUACAAUGGAGAAUGGGCAGCUCAAAGCGUUUUAUCACGCAUCUCGUACCUUGACAAACGCAGAGAAGAACUACUCUCAAUCAGACAAGGAAGGCCUAGCUCUGGUUUACGCAGUGAAAAAGUUCCACACUUACAUCUACGGGAGAAAGUUCAUUCUGCAAACGGAUCACAAGCCGCUUCUCUCAAUUUUCGGCUCUAAGAAGGGAGUGCCAGUGCAGACUGCAAACCGACUUCAACGUUGGGCUCUCAUCUUGCUCGCGUACGACUUUGACAUCCAGUACAUCCCAACAAAUGACUUUGGUGGCGCUGAUGUACUCAGCCGUUUGAUUCAGCAGCAGAAGGCAAACGAUGAGGAGUUCGUUAUCGCAAUGGUUAACGAAGAGGUCAACAUUGACAGCAUUCUCAUCAACGAUGUCAACAAAAAGUUCCCAGUCACUUUCAAAAUGUUGGAAACUGCCACUCUUUCAUCUCCGACUCUCCAAGAAGUCGCGGACUAUGUCCGCAACGGGUGGCCACGCUCAACAGCAAAUUUUUCUCCGGAAGUGGCAAACUAUCACAAGUUUCGCGAUUCCCUCACCCUCGUCCAGAACUGCAUUGUCUACAGGGAUCGCAUCGUCGUACCACCUACACUGAGGAGCGCAAUUCUCAAGCAGCUGCACGAUGCUCAUCCGGGUAUCAAUCGCAUGAAGGCGUUGGCUCGUUCAUACGUUUUCUGGCCUCACAUGGACACAGAAAUUGAAAAUGUAGUCAAAUCCUGCUCCAAAUGUGCUGCAGUUGCCAAAAAUCCGAUCAAAUUCAAUCUUUCCUCAUGGCCCCUUGCCACAAGGCCAUGGCAGAGGGUACAUGCUGACUACGCAGGGCCUAUCGAUGGUCAAUGGUUCCUGGUUCUCGUGGAUGCACACUCAAAGUGGCCAGAAGUCUACGCUACUACAUCCACAACAUCAUCUGCUACAAUUUCCAAAAUCUUAGAUGCUUGUGCUCGUCUUGGUUUCAUGGAAACGCUUGUGACAGACAACGGACCUCAAUUUACAAGCACAGAAUUUGCAGAAUUCUGUCAGCUUCGCGGAAUCAAACAUGUGACCACAGCGCCAUUUCACCCCCAGAGCAACGGCCUCGCAGAACGUUUUGUAGACACUCUGAAGCGUUCACUCUCAAAGCUCUCUGGGGAGCACAACAUUCAGGCAGCUCUUGCAAAGUUCCUAAUGUCUUACCGAUGUACACCAAACGUGAACUCAUUCAAUGGAUCUUCACCAGCCGAGAUCAUGCUUGGACGAUCUCUGCGCAACACUCUUUCUCUCACACAACCUCCUGCCGACCAUGGUGACCUUCAGCGAAACACAGCUAUGGAACAACAGUUCAACAAAAAGCACGGCGCCAAGGAUCGUUCAUUUACAAGGGGGGAGGAAGUCAUGGCAAAAUGCUUCCGCCGGAACCAAUCUUUUUGGGCUCCUGGAGAAAUUGUCGAGAAGAGGGGCCGUGUUAUGUACAAUGUGCGAAUCUUCCUGGAACAUGGAACCAAGCUCAUUCGAAGUCACAUCAAUCAGCUUCGACCACGCUUCGCCACAAUGGACACGUCAUCUCCUUCUCCUCCAACUGAAGAUCACCCAAACUCCAUACCGUUUGAUUUCGACUAUGGUCUUCAUCCACCUGAGUCAGCUGAUCAAACACCGGCAACAGUUGAUGUCCCAGCGCGUCCUCAGCCUCAACGUCGACCCUAUCGGAACCCCAGGCUUCCUACUCGCUCAUCUCCUCCGGUACUCCGUUCUCGGAUUCCCAGGCCACAGCUGCCAGCGUCAGCUCAUCAAGGGGGGAGGUGUUAGGGGCGGCGCAGGCCUCUGUGUCGCCCAACAAAACAGGCGGCACAUGCCUUAUGCAUUCCCAACUUCACUUCACACGUAAGUGCCAAACGAGUAACAUCUCUCCUUACGUUUCUCAGUCAAAACAUAAAUUAAAAUUAUUAUUUUUAUCUCUUACGCGUGUGUGCGGUGCUGCUCCGGUGUUCCACAACGGCGACGAUUCAGGAUACAUUAAUUAAUCCUUUCUACUUUAUAAAUAAAAGGUACGAAACCACAACAGAUGCCAACCGUGUA